UUAAUUAACCUCCAGAAGGUUCUUCAAAAGGCCUCUCUCUAAAACCCUAGUGCUGCUAAUCAAUCUCUUAAACCCUCGCAACUUGUUUCCUUCUUUCACUUGGAAUACCCUCUUUCAGUUAGACCAAAUGCACAGGCUUCCGAAGCGCUCUGUCAAUGCUAUCCUGCGCAGCAGCACAAUAGGCGCACGUUAUCGAGAUGUUGCUGCUCCCCUUUCUUCUUCCCAUUUCUUUUACCAAUCGGCGGAUGCUGGUAGUAAAGGUAGAUGGUGUUCAGCAUUGACUUCAGGAACAUGCAAUGCUCCUGGAUCCACCAAGCCAUUUAAAUCAAGAAAUGAGCCUUUUUUGGGUUGCCGAUAUGAGUCAACAGCUGCUGCAUCUGAUGCAUCCGACCCACCAUCUGAGAAGUAUGAGUACCAAGCAGAGGUCAGUCGCCUCAUGGACCUCAUUGUUAACAGUUUGUACAGUAACAAGGAGGUUUUUCUUAGGGAGCUUAUCAGUAAUGCAAGUGAUGCAUUGGAUAAGUUGAGGUUUCUUGGUGUUACUGAGCCUGAGCUUUUGAAGGAUGCCGUUGAUCUUGAUAUUCGCAUUCAAACCGAUAAAGAUAAUGGCGUUAUUACCAUAACGGACUCAGGAAUUGGGAUGACUCGCCAAGAACUUGUUGACUGCCUUGGUACUAUUGCACAAAGUGGAACUGCAAAGUUCCUGAAGGCCCUGAAGGACAGCAAGGAUGCUGGUGCUGACAGCAAUUUAAUUGGUCAAUUCGGUGUGGGAUUCUACUCAGCUUUCCUCGUUUCUGAACGAGUUGAAGUCUCAACAAAAAGCCCAAAAUCUGACAAGCAAUAUGUCUGGGUUGGGGAGGCUAAUGCUAGCACAUAUACCAUCCGAGAGGAGACUGAUCCUGCAAAACUACUUCCUAGGGGAACCCGUCUCACUCUAUAUCUCAAGAGGGAUGACAAAGGAUUUGCACAUCCAGAAAGAAUAGAAAAGCUUGUGAAAAACUACUCACAGUUUGUUUCAUUCCCUAUUUACACAUGGCAAGAGAAGGGAUUUACAAAAGAGGUUGAAGUUGAUGAUGAUCCGGCAGAAGCUAAGAAGGAAGGAGAAGAUGAGACAGCUGAGAAAAAGAAGAAGACCAAAAAAGUUGUGGAGAAAUAUUGGGACUGGGAGCUUACAAAUGAGACUCAGCCAAUAUGGCUUCGAAGCCCUAAGGAAGUGAGUAAAGAGGAGUAUAAUGAGUUCUACAGAAAGACUUUUAAUGAAUAUUUGGAUCCUCUUGCUUCUUCACACUUUACAACCGAGGGAGAAGUGGAGUUCCGGUCUGUACUUUUUGUGCCACCUGUAUCUCCAACGGGUAAGGAUGACAUAGUCAAUCCCAAGACAAAGAAUAUAAGGCUUUACGUGAAGCGAGUUUUUAUAUCUGACGACUUUGAUGGUGAACUGUUCCCACGCUACCUGAGUUUUAUCAAAGGUGUAGUCGACUCAAAUGAUCUUCCACUUAAUGUAUCACGAGAGAUUCUUCAAGAAAGUCGCAUUGUUCGCAUCAUGAGGAAGCGGUUGGUGCGGAAAGCAUUUGAAAUGAUUCAGGGCAUUGCCCUCAGUGAAAACAGAGAUGACUACGAGAAGUUCUGGGAGAACUUUGGAAAGCACCUAAAGUUGGGAUGCAUUGAAGAUCGUGAAAACCACAAGCGUAUUGCUCCCCUGUUGCGGUUCUUCUCUUCUCAAAGUGAACAUGAGAUGAUCAGCUUGGAUGAAUAUGUUGAGAAUAUGAAACCAGACCAGAAAGAUAUUUAUUAUAUUGCUUCUGAUAGUGUAACGAGUGCAAAGAACACUCCUUUCCUGGAAAAACUUCUUGAGAAGGAUCUUGAAGUCCUGUUCUUAGUUGAUCCCAUUGACGAGGUUGCUAUCCAAAACGUCAAAUCAUACAAGGAGAAAAACUUCAUUGACAUUAGCAAAGAGGACCUAGAUUUAGGUGAUAAGAAUGAAGAUAAGGAAAAGGAGAUAAAACAGGAGUUUGGGCAAACGUGUGAUUGGAUAAAGAAACGGCUAGGGGACAAGGUCGCUAGUGUACAGAUUUCAAAUCGUUUGAGCAGUUCUCCUUGUGUUCUUGUAUCGGGAAAGUUUGGUUGGUCAGCUAAUAUGGAGAGGCUGAUGAAGGCCCAAACUGUUGGUGAUACCUCCAGCCUGGAGUUCAUGAGGAGUAGAAGAGUCUUUGAGAUCAAUCCUGAACACCCUAUCAUUAGAACCUUAACUGAAGCAUGCAGGAGUACUCCAGAUGAUGAAGAAGCCUUGAGGGCCAUUGAUCUUUUGUAUGAUGCUGCAUUGGUUUCUAGUGGUUUCACUCCUGAGAAUCCAGCACAACUGGGAGGGAAGAUAUAUGAGAUGAUGAACUUUGCUCUUGCUGGCAAGUGGGGAACUGCUGGUGGGUAUCAGCCGCAAGUAAACCAGCAGUCGCACAUUCCAGAGACAGUCGAAGCGGAGGUGGUUGAGCCUGCUGAAGCUGGUGGACAGAAAUAAAAUGAGUAAUUUUCCCAUUAGUUUGUAAUAUAAUAGUUGAGGCUACUUAGAGAUAAUAUUGGGGCCCCUAUUGGUGAGCAGAUCAAUCUGAAGUAAAAGGGAUUUAAUAAGCAUUAUUUUUCAGUUAAAUUGAAAUCUAUAGAACAAGAAUCUUGUUUAUUGAAGUCUACAGUAGUAACUUCCCGGCUCCAGCUGAUUUCUAUAUAUUAGAAUGGAGCUUGGUUUUUGAGUGACUGUCUCUGCAGGAUCAUUAGUGUUUCUGGGUUCUUAAUGGAAGUUCAAUUCCUCGGUAA